CGUCUCUUCCUCGCUGGGGUGAAAGGUCACGGAGCAGCUAGCCAACAUGACAACAUUGAGGCCGUUUACCUGCGAUGAUCUGUUUAAAUUCAACAACAUAAACCUGGACCCUCUGACAGAAACUUAUGGGAUCCCGUUUUACCUCCAGUACCUGGCUCACUGGCCGGAGUACUUCAUCGUUGCUGAGGCUCCUGGUGGUGAACUGAUGGGCUACAUCAUGGGGAAGGCGGAGGGAUCCGUGGCUCGGGAGGAGUGGCACGGUCACGUCACGGCUCUGUCCGUGGCCCCGGAGUUCAGGAGGCUCGGCCUCGCUGCCAAACUCAUGGAGAUGCUGGAGGAGAUCUCAGAGAGGAAGGGCGGAUUCUUCGUGGAUCUCUUCGUGCGCGUCUCCAACCAGGUGGCGGUGAACAUGUACAAGCGUCUGGGCUACAGCGUCUACAGGACGGUGAUCGAGUACUACUCGGCCAGCAACGGAGAGCCGGACGAAGACGCCUACGACAUGAGGAAAGCUCUGUCCAGAGACACGGAGAAGAAGUCCAUCAUCCCGCUGCCGCAUCCCGUCAGACCGGAGGACAUCGAAUAACAGUAGACUGUGGCUCUCUGCAUCCUCACAGCAUAAUCUAAAUAUUAUAUAGAAUAUUUCAGCUGCUCAGUCACAAUGUACAUAUUCAAACUGUCACAGAUCAUUUCCACAUCAGAGAGCCACGCUGUACACAUUCUAUUUCCUGUAAAUUCUGACGUUUUCUUAUGAAAAAAAACACAACGCGUGGGUUUGAAUUGAUGUUUGUAUAAUGCAGAAAACAUGGUCACAAUAAACACUGCUCAUCAGCUGCUUUUGUUGGUUUUGUUAAAAAAGGAAACAGAUCUGUAGAAAAAUGAAUCCAGGAUGAACGUC